AUGUCUCAAUCAUGCUCGAUCGAGAAAUGUACUCGUACAUCACGUGGAUUGUGUGAUUGUUGCCAACAAAAUCUUUGUUUGCAACAUUUAAAUGAACAUAAUACUUUACUAGUUUCUCUACUGAAUCCUUUAGCUGAUGAACUUAAUGCACUUGGAGUUCGUCUCGAAACACUAAAUAUAGAAAAAGUAAUUGGCAAUAGUCGUCAAAAACUUGAACAAUGGCGUCAAGAUUGUCAUAAGAAGAUUGAUUGUUUUUUUGGACAAAAGUGUCAAGAACUUAAUCAACUUAUUCAAGAAACAGUUACAAAACAAGUAGAAGAACUCAAUCAAAUUCAGAUGAAGAUAACUGAAUUCAUCGAUACACAAGAAACAACUCGUCACGAUAUCGAUUCAUUGACAUUAACUAUUCGUCAACUCCAAAUCAAUAAGAACAACAUUGAGCGAACAUGUUUUACGAUCAAUACUCGUCCGUUACCAAUAGAUGAUACGUCCGUUUUUAUUACGAAAACGACUGAAAUAGAACUUGAUCUAUCAACUCUUUCGCCUGCGUACACAACAAUUCAUCGUAGUGAAGAAAGUUUUCGAUCAUUUACUGGUAAUGAUCGACACUUUUUGAUACAUCAAGCGCCAAAUUUAUGUUUAUUUGAUCGAAAAAUGAACAUAGUCAAACAAAUGUUAUGGCUGUACGGUACAAUAUGGGACAUGUGUUGGUCAUCAAUAUUAGAUCGAUUUAUUGUACUAGGAAAAAAGAGUAUCUAUCUCAUUAAUGAAAAUACAUUGUCAAUUGAUAAUGUGUACACAACUGUAGGACGGGACUUGAUAUCAUGUACAUGUUCUGAUACAGUUCUCUUUGCAUGCACAAAUGAAGGUGCUUCAUCCAUUAUGGAAUUCACAUUAUUCCCAGCAAUCGAAGUGAUUAAAGAGUGGAAAUAUCCUCUUACAUGUAUGAAAGAUGAAAUUAUCAAUGAUAUUGUUUACAAUAACGAAAAUCUUGCUCUAGUAGUAAAGAAUAAAUCUAAGAAAUCACUUCGCGUUGAAUUAAGAUAUGCAGAAACACUCGAUCGCAUCUGGACACUUCAACUAGAUAUUAAGUGUGUUCAAAAGAUACCAUUUCGUUGUUGUUCACUUACUUGUAAUGAAUGGCUCAUUGUUGACUAUGAGACUGGACGCUUGUUGCAGAUUACAAAAGAUGGACAACUGAAAACAACAAUUAAAUAUAAUCCAACUCCGUUGCGUGCUAUUCUAUUCGAUAUAAAUAAGCCAGCUAUUUCAACUACGGGUGGCGUCAAUCUGCAUACAAUUUAA